CUUCCACCAGUGACCAAGAUCUCGUUGUUCUCCUUGUUGACACUCUCAUCUUUCACUUUGUAUUUGAAGAUCCACAUUUUGAACAAUGCUCAACACCAACAGAGUGACCAAAAUGAGAUCAAAUCAGUCAAUGAUAUCUUCAUUCCCUUUUUUGAAUUGAUUCCCUCCUCUGUCAUCAAGAAUCCAUGGGUAUUGGUUCUAUCAACCUUUGUUGAAUCUACCUUUUUAGGGGGGUUGAUUAAUGCAUUAAAUAUCAUGAUCAGUUUCAAAUAUUUUGAGAGAAUUUGGGGAGGUAAAGAGUUACUCAAAUUCAAUUUAAUAAUAUCUUUUUUCACCAAUCUAUUCACCUCAUUAAUUGUCAUAUCACUUACUUUACUCAUUUCCAAUUCCUCUGAUGACAGCAAUAACAUCUUAAAUAAAAACUAUGGUGGUGUCUUUACUCUAUUAUUAAGUUAUCUAGUCAGCUUCAAGCAACUAAUUCCCGAACACAAUUUGGUUUUCUUUAAGGGAUUGAUAUUUGUUCGAAUUAAACAUCUACCAUUUGUAGUCCUAAACUUAUUAAUCAUAGUAUCAAUCAUUAAUAAGUCUUACUAUCCUGGUUUAAAUUCAAUUUUUUCGUUCUUCUUUUCAUGGUUCUACCUAAGAUUUCAUCAGUCAAUUAUAUUAGAUCCUUUAUUACCAACUAACAACACAGGAAAUACUCAAUCCUUUGGUGUGAGAAAAAUCAAAGGUGAUGCCUCUGAUACUUUUGCAUUUAUUCAUUUUUUCCCAAUUGUUCUACAACCAAUUUUAUCUCCUAUCCUUAAUCUUAUCUAUCAAUUAUCAAUUCGUCUUGGUUUAAUUAGUCAAUUCACUGACGAUUUAAUCCAACAAUCAAAUGAUUUGGCUCUUAAAAGAAUCAAUGGUCAAUCUUCCUUAUCAAACUCAGUAUUCUCAACUAACAAUAACAACGCCAAUCAUAAAAACACAAGUAAAUCAUCUGAAGCUCAAGAAAUCGCUGAAAGACGAAGACAAGUCGCUCUCAAAUUAAUGCAAGAAAGAUUUAAU